AUGCUCACCUCCGGCUUCACCAACACCCCGCUCACCAAAUCCCUCCUCAUAUACACCAUCGCCUCAUCAGUCGCCCUCUCCAUUCUCGACGUAAAACAUUUCGCUUCAAUCCAUGUCUCGCCACACUUCUGGCCAUAUGCGCAAUUCUGGCGCGCGCUCUUCUGGCAAAUUGCCGGCUUCUCCAAUUCCACCGAGGCGCUAUUCGCCGCAAUGCUCGUGUACCACCUACGCGUCGUAGAGCGGGCAUGGGGCAAGCGAAAGAUGGCCACUUUCCUCCUCACAACUCUCCCCUACACUACUCUCCUCCCGCCCCUCCUCCUCACUCUUGUCGCCCGCCCACUCUCCCUAAACACACUAAAUUAUCUCCCCUCCGGCCCAACGGCCACAAUCUUCGCUAUACUCGCACAGUAUCACGUCACAAUCCCACACGUCUUCCAGUACCGCAUUGGCACAACUGCCUCAUCAAGUACCACCACCCCCACCGAUAACAAUAACAAUAACGACACCACCACCAGUCCAGACGACGCCACAGCCAUACCUACAACCCCAACGCCCAAACCAGCACCCAAGGGCCUUACCCUCCUCCUCUCCGACAAAUCAACCACCUACCUCGUUGCUGCGCAGCUUGCCCUCUCCCAGUUCCCAGCUAUGCUUCUCCCGACCGCCGUUGGCUGGGUCGUCGGAAUGGCCUGGCGCGCGGAGCUGCUUCCAGGUCUCUCCCCCGUCCGCAUCGGGCUUCCGUGUCCCGGCAUGGAUGGUUGGAGAACGGGAGCGAAGGACCGGGGCUGCGAAUGGCAGUGCUGCGGAGCGUGA